GCUGUGCCUUAGGACCAGACAGUGUGUGAAGGCAGCUCGAGUGAUUCCGGCGGCAGGUGCAGUGAUCAGCAGGGACCUGACCCUCUGAAGCGCUCCCGGCGGCCCGUCUCUAAGCCAGCAUAGAAGGGGGCCGGACGCCGCUCCGGAGUAGGCGGGGAUCGAGAUGGAGCUCAUCCAGAGAGGCAGCAGAGCGGCCACUACAACAAAGAACUUGGCCGGAGGCGGUCUAAGGGCGGAACAAGGGUGGACCAACCCUGCUGAGCAUCCAUGAGGGGGAGGCCCCCUCAGCGAAGGGACCCUUCCAUUCUUAAAGGCUGCAAUCACCUCGCCAGAAGGGCUACACCAGCAGCAGAUGGCAUCCGUACAGGACUCCAGAUACGGACAGAAAGACACAUCCGAUCAGAACUUUGAUUAUAUGUUCAAACUACUUAUCAUUGGAAACAGCAGUGUCGGUAAAACCUCCUUCUUGUUCCGUUACGCCGAUGACUCAUUCACGUCUGCUUUUGUGAGCACGGUUGGAAUUGAUUUCAAGGUUAAGACUGUCUUCAAAAAUGAGAAAAGGAUUAAGCUGCAAAUCUGGGAUACGGCUGGGCAGGAGAGAUAUCGUACCAUUACCACAGCUUAUUACCGCGGUGCAAUGGGUUUUAUUUUAAUGUAUGACAUCACCAAUGAGGAAUCAUUCAAUGCAGUACAGGACUGGUCAACGCAAAUCAAAACAUAUUCGUGGGACAACGCCCAAGUUAUAUUAGUCGGUAACAAAUGUGACAUGGAAGAUGAACGAGUGAUCUCAGCAGAGAGAGGAAAACACCUAGCAGAACAACUGGGUUUUGAGUUUUUUGAAACAAGCGCUAAAGAUAACGUCAAUGUCAAGCAGACAUUUGAGCGACUGGUGGAUAUCAUCUGUGACAAAAUGUCGGAGAACUUGGAAACGGAUCAAGCCAUCACAGCGGCAAAGCAGAGCACGAGACUGACAGACAAGCCCCCACCCCAACAGCCCAACUGCGGCUGUUAAUGUUCUCAUCAAGGCAUCUUCAAUGUGUUCUAUUGCCAACAAGUAUUUAAAAAAAAAAAAAGUGGUCCAUACGCUUUUCAUUUCUACUGUCUAAAUAUCUACUGAAAAGAAAAGAAAUAGCGCUUGUUUUGUAAUGGUAGCUGAUGAAUGAUGGAUGGCCUGGAGGCUGAGUCCUUAUAAUAAAUGUUCCCGCUCUUUGCAAGUUAAAAGGCUUUGUAUGCUCUGAUAAUUUGUAUGUUCCUUCCUACUCCUGUUCUGUUUAUACAGUGUGGUAUAUACGCUUUUCUAAGUAUGUUAUGCUCAGAGUGACUACUGUUCCUGAUUGUCCUCUAAAGUCUUCUGCUUUCUCCGAACAGUUUCUUGCAGGGGUCAUGGGGCAGGUGUCCACUUAUCAUACAGUUAGGAUUGAAAUACCUUUAACUCCAAGCUUAUUAAUAACUCAGAUUCUAUUCCAAAGACUUUUAUCCCACCCAGUGGUUCCGCCUACAGGAUUCCUUGAAGGCCUAUGAAGCUGCCUAGCUUAGUGUUCAUCAACAGACCCUAGCAGAUCCACUGUGUCCAAGACAAGACCAGGUAGCUGAGCUAGUUGAAGAUAGGGCUCUGAUGUUCUCAAAUUUUGACAUUUGCACAGACCAGAAACCACACCCCAUACUAUUUCUAACUGUUGUAUAAAAUGAUGUUACUCAUCCUGAUCAAGUUGGUGUCUGUAUAAUAGGAGAUAAGAUUUGUGAGUUUAACUGCAAAAAAUGUUCACUGUAUUGGGAAAUAAACAGGGUAAAUGGUGGCCUACUAGGGUUAUCCCAUGUCACAGACCCACUAGGUAAUGCAGAUUCCAAAUAUAAUUGUUAAUUAGCAUAAAUAAAUAAAAAUGCCUUUAAUUUGGACAAUGCCAUGGCCACACUUUUCAUCUUGACAAAAUAUAAAACUAUUCCAUUGUUUAAUAUACUUUUGUAACACUAUGAAAUGUAUACAGGAACAGUCUUAUUUUAAGCAGGGCACCCAGAAGAUGUGACUUACUUUCAGUUUUGUGUAAGACAACGCAAAUGCUGUUUUAUGACAUCAUGUGUUUGCUUCUGCACAAGCUCACACUAUUGUACAUGGAGGCAGUGUCUGAAAUUUGCACUUUUCAUGGCUUUACACCUAGAUUUUCAGUGAAGUGAAAAAAUUAGGUUUUCAUUUUGCAGGACAAUAUUAUUUUAAAUGAUUUUGUUUGGUGGAUGUUUCGGAGAUUUUCCCCACAAAAGUGCCAGAUUUUUCUGUGCACCCUGUUACCUAGAAAAAUAUGGAAUGUGUGUCAGCUCCACUUAGCUGUAAUACAGAACCAGUAAAUCAACUUAGUCAUUUGAUUGCAGCUUGUGAUUGGUCCUCAAUCCUUAACUACUUUUUGGCUGGCCCAUGCGGGAGGGGCAGCCGAGUCGGACCAGGGAGGGUUGUGGCUUCAUCAUGAGUGGGCAGAGUGGGCAGUGUGGGGGCGUGGACGCACAUACUCAUCAUCGUGGCCCUGCCCCCUCUAUUCAAAGCCUAAAUUAGUGGCAUUGAAAAGUCAGGGGCGAGUCUACAAUGACGCGAUUUAGCGCAAGAGACUUGCCUACCUUUCCAGCUCAACCAGAUUUUCAGGAACCUCCUGGCCAAUCCGGGAGGGUAGGCAAGUAUGCCUCAAUCCCUCUACCUACCUGGAAAAGUGGCGGCACUGAGCAGGCUCCCACUAGUGGAAGGUGCACAUUAGAAAAAAUUUAUUUCUAGUAGAGAUGUGCACAGAACCCCCGUGUUUGGGUUUGGUUGGGUUUUGGCAAAACCAUCCUCAAGUGUUUUGGUUCAGUUUAGGUUUUGUACUCCUUUAAAAUUGAUAAAACAACUAAAACCAUGUAAGUUUUGGGCCUGUUGUUGUUCCUACAGUAUUAUUAACAUCGAUAACUUUCAAUUCCAAGAAUUUCCAGUAUGAAAUGACACCUUAAUUAAGGCGGAGGGACUUGCAUGCCAUCAAAAACACACGAGAAUUGCAUUUUAUCAUCAAACCCCAAAGUGACCAGAGCUGUGACUCUUUUCGACUCAAAACCCCAAAAUUCGUCUGUGUUCUGUUUUCAAUAAAACCGAACUGUUCAUCUCCAAUUUCUAGAUGGCAGUGCUUCUUUAAUAGGAAGACUUUCACAUUUCCAAAGUUCCAGUUUGGUAUAAAAGAGACCUUUGUUCUGAAUAAUGUCAUAAUAAUACUUUUAUGUGGUGUUUACAGACACUGAUAAGGGCACCUUGAUAUGUGUCUGCAGUUGUGCGAAUAACUGAGCCUGUAUACGUGUGAGAACAGUGGGAGUAACGGAGCAACAGCUGCCCAGCUGUCGGCUCCCCCUGGCCUUGUAUAGAGAUGUCUUUAUGUAAGACUAACGAGUACAAGCCGAGGUGUGCUGUAAUAAGGAGCAGGGCUGAGCGUGGAAUGACAUUAAACACAGAGGAAACCAGCUGUUCCUGAAAUACAGAAAAUAAAUAUACAUCAUAAUUAUUUCAGAACAUUAACUGACGUAGAGUGACAUAAUCUGAACAGGGUUUUGUAUUUCAUCUAAUUACUGCACCAAGCUGUGCUUUGUGAGAAGGGGAUAUAUUUACAGUAUAUGUUUAUGUAUUACAGGCACUACAGGGCCUUGUGUUACAUGAAAUUGUGUAUAGCCAAUAAUGUUUAGUAUAAUAAGACCUCUAUAUGCAUAAUGGUUACCUAAUGGCAGAGAAAGAAACCACUGUAACUACCUGGUUUACAUACAGCUGUAGAGCAACAUGUUUUCUUAGGCUGUAUUAGUCCUCAUAUAACCUCUGGCGUCAUUUCGCCCAUUGUACUAGUGUUUGAAAAUGCUCCCUUCAUUUGGGUUUAAGUAACCGGCUGACCGCAUUAGGGAGUCCUGGUGACCUCCAAUGACCCUUAAACACAAUUAAAACUGAAUUUAACAAUCGCAUGUUUGCAUUUGACACACAGCAUCACUGCACUGGGGAUUCUUAAUGCAGAGAAAAACCAGUGGGUAUAAAGCCUUAGGCCGAGUAAUUGUCUCAGGUUACAUAUAUUGCUGCAUGGGGGUUUGUUCAAUAUCGCAGCUCUUAUUGUGUUGCUAAAAUAUUAAAUUAUUUAUAGGCUUUUAUAUCCGAUUGUACAAGCCAACAGCAGCGAUUUUGAACUUAUCUAUGGUAGCUAUAACCAUCUUUAAAGUCAAUUAGGCUUUUUUAUUUUAAAUACUACAUUACUUGAAGCAUAGCCUCCAUGAACGAUUUUAUAUUAUCUAUGAGGCAUUAAACACAACUAUAUCCAUAUGUGCCCCUAAACUUACAGCCCCCCGUGUGCACUCCAUAGCAGAAAAAUAGGCAUUUUUUUGUGGACAUGUGAGGUCAAAGGGUAGUCACCUACAAGAUGCCAAAAUCAGCAUCGAGUCCUACUUGGUAUGAGGAGCUGAUGUCUGUAGCACAAGAGUAAUGGUUCCUAAUUUGUGGGUAAUGCCACAAAUAUAAGUCACCAUUUACUAAACUAAUUCCUUUCAAUAUAUCCUGUCUCGCAACUGACCCCAGUAUGUGAAAGCCACAAAGGUCUUAAACCACUAAUCUCAUCUCAGCUUCUACAGUAUAUGUAUGCUGAGGGGUUAGCCACCCCAAACACCAUCCAAACCUUGCUCUUGGAUCAUGGAUGUAGCUUUCCUUUACCAUUCUCCCUUUGGACCUUGCACUUGUAGUUACUUUCUACAGGUUACUAAACACCAUUCCCAACAAAGGGGUUGAGUUACUUCAUAAGCCAAGAGGCUUCAUAGUACCCAUAAACCCUGAUCAAGCUAAUUCUAACGGUAGAGGCAGAGAGAUACUGUCACUCCUCCCCGGCCCUCCUCUGCCCUCUAACCAGUAGAAACCUAAGCCCUCUGCCAAGUUACCAUAACCAAGCUCUUCUCUUUACCCUAAAUUACAUAGUUUCCUAUUAAGCCUUCAGCCUAAGCUCAUUCAUGCUCCUUUCUACAUACUGUAGCUUUGCAUGUUGUAAGGUUUUCAAAGAUGCAAGCAAACUUAAAAUCAUCCACAGUAUCCAGUGACAAUUCAAGGUCAAAAUAUCAGCAUAUGCAUAUUAACAUGUAAUAUAAAAAAAUAAGAUGUUAUGUUACAUUAAUAUAUGCAUGUCAAGAUAAUGGAUUAAAUAUCCACUGGUGCCCACUCACUGUCUAGUACUGAGUAACAUCGGCUAUAAGAAUAUAUUUAUAUGUUGAUAUAUGUGUUAGGCAGGUGACGUAGAGUAAUACUGUACAUGAUUGUGAAAAUAGCAGAGACUUGUGCUGACAACAAAGGUAAGACAAAGCAAUAUGCCACCUUGUACCAUAAAAUACAUUGUUUUGACAUUGACUCUCCUUCCAUUUAGUGCACAGUUAGUGAAUGUGGAAGUUUAAUUUAUGAUGAUAAACUGUCUAACCACAGGAUCCAAGUCAUUCAGUAGAUGAGCUCCCAUAAUUAGCAAAAAAAGAGAAAACACUUGUUAACCGACUCAAGAAAGAUGGAUGGAAAAAUGAGUAUUAAUUGAUAAACUAUGCACUUGUUAGUCUGAAAAGACUCUUGGAACACAUGAGCAAUUUAGGAAGCUGACCAGUCAGACAAGACAGCUCAGAAACAAAGUAGAAAGUUCAGAUUAAGAUAAUUGGUAUUAGUAAAAGUAUAAGAGAAAGCAAUAUGACAGAUGAAGAGACAGAUCUCUAAUCUGAAAAGAGCCCAUUGCAGAACAUAACAAAGGUUGCUGGGCGCCGUAAUGAUCAUGUGAUCAUUCAAUAAGAAUGGUUUUAAGUAGUCUAUAAUAAAACUAUUGGGGCUGUUAUAUCUAAAGUUACUGGAUUGCUAAUAAGAUAAAGUAUAAAACUGCAGUUCCUCUUAGAUACAGCAGCAUAGUUUAUGCCAUAUGAAGUGAUUUGGGCACAGCUGUGCCUCACAGGAAGUGUCCCCUCACUCAUAAUAAGUAGCACAGUCUGAAUUUUGGAACUGACCAUAUAAAAUACUCUGUGCUUCCAUUUUCUGUCCAUCCUGCCAUCCCUGGUAUCCGGUUGAUAGAUCUACAGUAAAAAAAACAGCCAAUACUGUAGAUCUAUUGAACCACACCACCAUCACUAUAGGGCCAACCACCCAUGUAUUAAUGCAGCUCUUCUGUUUUCCUCAAACAUAUUUCUAAUCCAAGGGAACUGUAUUUAUUGCAUGUGUUUCCACUGAACAUUUAAAAUGUUUUAUUACAAAUGUUCCUAGAAAUAAGGUACAAAUGGUGUAAAGUAGGGGGCAAGACUGGUGUUCCCCACCUCCAAUUUAUUGUGGCAAAGAAAAUCCAUAUGUGUCACAUAAAAUCCUAUGUAUCACACGUUGAUAGGAAUAAAUGUAAUUUCCGCUGUAAGGUCACACUUUUUAUAUGACUUUCACUGAAAGGCAGCAGAUAUAAGUGGUAACCUGAAACUGCAAUAGUGGAAGUCUCUCAAUAAAAUCAAAGAGUUACAGUAAUUCAUAAAUUUCUACAUUUAAACCACAAUAUUGUCAGCUUCUGGGCCGUGCCCGCCUUCCUAUAUUCCGUGGGUCAUGACCUUCCCGUGCAGCUGCCAAUUACUCCACACAUGAAGAAAGAUGCUUUUAAAUGCAUUAAGAUAAAUACUGCCAGUCUGCCGUUUUCCAACAAUUUUUUACUCAAAUCAUUGAGUUUAAUUAAAUCAGUUUUCACCGCUCAAUUUAUACAUAGCUUUUUAUUUUUUAAUCCCAUUGAUUUUUGGAUUUUAUUGACAAGUAUAAUCUCCUUAAUAUGUGCAGUGCGAUAAAUCAAGGUCUAUCCGUAUAGAGUAUGAAUUAAUAUCAAUGUACACAAUAUUUUUAAAAUGUAUUAUUAAAAACAUAGAUGUAUGUAUAUGUGUGUGUAGCUUUGUGUGAAGCUUCUGACAUACGUACAAGAAGACAGCAUGUGGAAAGUGUGUGUGUGUGUGUGUGUGUGUGUGUGUGUGUGUGUGUGUGUUGUUAGAGGUGUUGAUUAUACAGUAUGUCUAUAGAUCAAUUCUUCUGAACUCCUUUCUAACCUAGACUGCAUCCUUUUCACCAAAGCUUCUCCAGUUCUUUAGCACAGAACUAACAAUUAUUUCCAUUCCCUGUUUUCAAAUAGUCAACUAUUUAGAAACAAGGUGUACAGUAAUAUACAAAUUGGCACCAAUUGCCAGUAUAUGACUAUGUGUAUUUCUUCAGAAAUGGAAUUCCACAUAACUUCUAGAAAAUUUCUGACCCAUUAAAUAUAAUUUCUAAACUUUAAUGAAUCCCAAUGGUGCAAUUAGGAGCACCUUUAGUGUCAUUCUUUAGGCAAGUAUGCUAGACAUAAAGGCCUUUAUGUUAUCUUUUAUACAAUUUUAGCCCGUAGGCAGGGGCACUAAGAGCAUGGUAGGGAGGGUACAAACCUCCCAACCUCUCAUGAGGGCACUGCGGUGAGGAGCUCCACUGUACAGGCUGGGGAAAUGGCUGCAUGAACCAAUAGCGUACUCUGGUUCCGCCUAGUCACAUAACUCCUAGGCUGCACAUCCAGCACUUGCUUUUGUGCAUUCAUUUUCAGUGAACCAAAGAACCAGCUGUUUUUGGGCCUGAGAUUAUUCUUAACAGUCCUGCAACUAUUAGGGCCCUAACCCCUGUCCUAGGUAUGGCCAUAAAUAAUUGAUGUUAACAACCAUCGAUGGUCUGACACUGAUGGCAAAUAGAUGGCUCUUCAUUGAUGCUCUUCAUUGAUAUAUGCUGAAGAAUGGCUGAGGAAGUCCGAUGGGUGGAUGACAGCCGCAGUCUGUGAUCAACCACCGAUGGCUAAACGAUCAGAAAACCCUACACUGUCCAAAAAUUUUUAGCAUGUAAGGAGUUAAUAUAAAAUAUAAAGCUUUAUAAGAAACACCUUGUUCUACUGACCUCCCCAGUGGCUGCAACAAUUCAUGGUGCAUUGCUCACGCCUUUGCCAGCAGAGCUGGUUGAGAAUAAUCUCCCACAACGAACAGGAGCAUCCAUGGUACUGUAAGCACAACUUAAGUUUUUAUAUUAACUCACUGAGCUCCACCCAAAUCUAGUUUAAUUUUGUAGUAUUCAACUUUAAAAACCAGUCCGACCCUGCAUACUUUAGCUAAGUAAAUAACCCAAUUCAACAAUGUGUAGCUUGUUAUCUUAGAGCACUGACAGAUCAUACGUUCUUGAGUCUUCAUUUUAUUCAUACAUAGUAGAGGAAUAUACUGUGUAUGGCUGAACUGCUCCUCCAUAGUGGCUGCAUACGUUUUUCUCGUGCUUCCUGAUCUGAGACUUUAUUGUGCUGUAUAACUCUGUGCUGCUGUGACUUUUGCGUGCAUCGUAUGUUUUAAAAAAAGUUUUGAGCUUCACUGUAUUAAUGUUGCAUGAGUAAAUGUUUUAAAUAUAUAAAAUAUACAUAUAUAUAUAUUUUUAUAUUAUUUGAGAAAAAUAACUCUCAACCGAGAGUCCUUGGGCCAUGAAGUGCAAUAUUUGAUGACCUCUGUGGUGUAUAUAAUGUCAGUGUGAAAGAGUGUGAUGUAUGCAAUGUUAGGUGUUUGUAGUUAAAGCUGUGUGUUGUUAGAAUUUAUAAGUGAUAGCUUAUGACGCAGUUAGAGAAAUGUUUGCAACAGACGAUUGCUUGUGCUAUGCUGAAGUAUUUUAUGAAAUGAGAUGAAAUAAGAUGUUGUAUUUGAUGUAAAAAAAAUAAGUUUAAAUAUAUUAAUAUAUUUCUAUGUUAUGCAUAUUAUAAAUAAUAAUAAUGUAUGCUUUAUCUGAAUGAAAAGUCUGAGUAUCUGCAAAGUAAAUUUAUUUAUUCUCCUCAUUUUUAUCAUUAAGGUUUUUUUUUUUUACGAACAGGUAAAUCCUUCUGGAUAUUGAUGUAUUUACAUUAUCUUUAACAAAAACUUUUCUGUAGAGGGAGCCCCCACUUACAUGUGAUACAGUAUAUGAAUAAUACCAAUAACAUUACAGUAUAUUAUCCUCACAGAAAUCAGUGUAUACUGUAUGCUGGAUGAGGCCAGGGUAGCCAACGGGGGGGGACUGUGGGGACUAGUGUUCCAGGCCCUUACAGAAAGGGGGGCCCACCACUUGCUCCUACCGCAAAUACAUGUAGAGCUGCACCAGUCUGUGAAUCAGUAGCAAGCUGAUGCGCAGGGAGGACUUCUUACAACAAACCUAAUCUGCGCAUCAGCUCUCUGUAAACCGUUCCUGUAGGUCCACAAUACUCCACCUAUAUGUAAAGUCACAAUGUAUGAUAUCACAUAGCAGUGCGGCAGAAUAAUUUUUUGGGGGGGAGGGAGGGGCCCUGUCUAUUUUGUCAGUCCCGGGCCCCAACAUUUUUGAUGGCAGCCCUGGAUGGGGCGGUACUUCCAGAGAAAGCCAGGUAGUGUCUUGGGCAUCCAUGGACUGGUCCAAGUGCUCCUGCAGUAGAUAUCCUCAAACACCCACAAUGUUCCCCAGUAAUGUACUUACAUUUAUAGAAAGAAGCCGUUUGGGAUAAAUGCGAUAACCUCCGAGUUUGCCGGAGGUUGGGACUUUCUGCGAGUCGGUCCGUUAUUUUUUUUUAAAGCAGCAAUCAUUUACCAGGCAAGACCAACCUACAAUAGUGUUGCCUUGUAAAUGACUGCUGCUUUAAAACAAGGGGCAGACUCACACAAAGUCCCACACCUCCGGCAACUCAGAGGCUAUUACAGCAGCCCUUUAUGUUUGUAAAAUAUUUCAUAUACCAACUAUAGAUUCUUUUCUCCUAAUGUCAUUCAUACAAAUAUUAAGUGGCAUAUAUAAGUUAGAUGUUAAUUAGCUACAGCCACAGUAUUGUAGUUAAAUCUGGUCAAAUCUAAUAAUAAUAAUAAUAAUAAUAAUAAAUAAUAAUAAAAAACAUUAAAAAUAAAUGUGAAAACUAUGAAUAUAGGAAAAUGAAAUGAGUGACGGGGAAAAGUGUCACCUCUUCCCUCCUUUACUUGUUCAUGUGGUGUUAUUGAUAUUUGUUCCUUCAACGUCUCAAUCUCUUCACAGAAUGUUUUCUUACCCUAGAGAUGACAUAAUAUCACACCAUGCUGUAUGUUAUUUCAUAAAUGUCCAGAGCCCCUGAUUUGCUAAAUAAAAAUAGGGAGACCUUGUUUGGUUCUGUUGCCUCUUUCUAUUUGCAUUAAUAAUUGAUUUGUUACACUUCCCUAUAAAAAAAAAACUUCACUCAUUAAUAAUAGUCUCUUCAACCACAUUAUUUCUAUUCACAUCCCCCAUUUCAUAUUGGAUAUUUUCGAAAUAGUUGGAACUGCAGUACCUCACAGCCUUCACACUGCUGUCAUUUGCUGACCCUUUAUGGUGAAUGGGGUGAUGGCUGGAAGUGUCAGACAUCUGUACAGUAUGGCUGGAUUCUUAAAUAAAAGUAGAUUUGUUAAGGUAACUUUACAGUGGCGGCUUCAGAGGUGGGGCUGCAGCGAGUCACGAUAACCUGCCAAACAUCGCUGUUGAGGACUCGCUGGCAGUUGGUGUGGCUCCCCUGUAUGAAUUUUGGACUGCUGCCGCUCCACCUAUGGAGCCACCGCUGCUCCUGUCUCUGAGCUCUGUCACAGAGCCUUCAUGUUGUUGUAGCCCAGAAAUGUGGCAUGUGCCACGUCAUUACUGUAUAUCAUGUCACGACUGAGCAAGUCCUACACUUUGCCAGGGGCACCCAGACCCCUACAUACACAAGUGAAUCUUAGUCACAUGUUUUUCCGAUCGUAAGAUACAAUUGAGCAGAGCGCAGACCACACAAAAUGCCACUGCAUGUAACAGCUAAAAACAUUCCCUCCCGUGGAAGGCAUUAGCUUGGCUCCCUAGCUGCUGCUCCAGCAUCUUACAGACGCUCCAAGCAGCAGCACAGCUCCCACGACACUAGGGGAGAUUCUAGGGGGGAAGAUACAGCGCUUAAGCAGUGAGCCAGAGCAAGGGGCAGCCUGCAGUUGAGGGCAUAUAUGGCUGGUACUGCCCCCAUGCUGUCCCACCCUGGCUGCAUCACCCCCCGCCACACCCACUUAUGGUCCUGGCACUAGGUACAAACGUUUGGGAUCAGACUGUGCACAUUUCACAUACAGAUGUAGCCAUGCUCAUCUUAUCCGUGGCACAGCGGCGCAGGCACUCAUGCUGCGCCGAACCACGGGUGCACCUUAGUAUGACGAGCUGCAACUAGAUACGCCACCCAUUCAUUCUUAUGGCUGUGUGCGUGCAUACACACAUGCACAUCAUAGUCACAGGCGCACUAAUUGUGUCUACUUUGAUAAGACGCUACACGGCAAAGCUCGGCGUGGCUACAUUUGUAAUUGUAUUGUAUUCUAUUCUAUUACAUGACGGAGAAAGGACAAUUAUAUAGAUACUGUAUAUGUUGCAGUCUACUAGACAAUUUUUGAUUCUGAGGGGUCCUGUUUAAGAUGACCAUUUAGAUACAUAGCAUUUGUGUUAAGGGUGAAUACAAAUGAUGCAAGGUGUUUAGAUGAAAAACAAAAUGGUGAUAUCUGCACACACUCUGGUGGCAGCUGCACAACUUUAUCCCCUAACAACCAAUCAGAUUUUAGCUGUUAUUUAUCUUAGAAAGUUUAGAAACUGGAAGCAUUUCUCUGAUUGUUUGUUAUAAACUGGCCGGCAGGUUAGCAGGGGAAUUCCCUGAUGGGCCAUAUUGCUUGAGGGCUCCACGUCCUUCUCCAGGGGUCAGUAACUCGGUGGAGCAGAAUCACAGAUGAAAUUGGAUUCCAAGAUUAGCCCUCCUGCCAAUCAAAGUGGGUGGUCCACUCCUGACACACCUGUGUCCCCUCCUUUAUAAAGUGGGGAUUGCAUGUCCUCUCUAAUCCUUGGCCAUGUACCUCAGUGGUGGCUGGCCACACUCCUUAAGCUUGGUUCCCUACUAUUUUAUUCCUUGAUGGGUCCUUUAUGUCCCGGUCCGACACUGGCUAUACUGUGUGUUACAUCAUGUUUGUUUUAUUUUUACAAUAAAAUAGUCUACAGCUAUUGUGUAUAAAAGGGUCUAAUGAAUGAGCAGUAGAAGAAUGGGCUUCACCAUCAUCUGUGGGUUACAGUGGUACUUCAGUGUAUUAUCUCCAACUUUUCCAAUAGUCUUUUUGCUGUGACGGGUCAUAGGCAGAGGCAGAACAUCUCCAGGACUCAUAGAGCAAAAUGAUGUAGGCAAUGCAGUUCUUCCUCCCGCAGCCCCCACUCUGCUCUUCUGAGCAUGCUUGGGGCCUGUGCAUAUGCACUGUAGCCACGUUUGGCUUCCAUGCACUAACUGUGAGAUACUGUAAUAGAGAGUGCAGGUAUUGGCGGAACUAUCACUGUUGCAGGGACAGUGGCGUCUAUGGGCCCCAUCACCUCUCUUAGGAGGAGAUGAAUCAAACCUUCUGAAAAGGAUAGUUGACCAUAGCUAACAGUCAGCUUCUAGCUAUAAUUUUAUAGAAUGUACUUUGUAAAUGAUAGCUAAAAGUUGAUUGGUUUGCUAUGGGCUUCUCCACUUGUCCUCAUUAGGUUUGAUACAUCUCCCCUUGUCUAUAAACCACUGCACCACCUGCAACAGCCAUCAUGGCUCCUCAGUUCAGUAAAUUAGUCUAUAGAAAACAAUUCAGGCCUCAUUUCCAAAAACACUUGUUUUUUCUUUGUUUUGUUUUUAUGCUAAUGAAAUCAAGAAUACAUUGUGUAGGUGUUUUCUACUCUGAGGUUAUUUCUGUUAAGCGCUAGACAAAAUAAUAAAAAAUAAAUACAUUUCAUGUCAGCAGGUCCGGUCAAGUUGGCUGCCCUUAUAUCCUAUAGCAUAACAACAGUGAAAUGUACUAAAGUGCUUAUGUCCAUUAGUGACUGCUGCGUCACCUCCCCACAGACUAAAUUAUGCAUGCUGCGCACACAGUAAGCUGCGAGCACCAAAAUGCCUCCUAUAUAAACGUCUCUGCUGGAUACUUUCCACAGACGGUCAAACUGUAAUUGAAGUGUGCUGUACCCGCCUGUAGCAUUUCCAUGGAACCAAUGAACAAGAAAACUUUACCAAUACUAUAUUUUACCGUUGUUGUGUUUUUUAUAUGUUCCUAAGUAACAAUUGUGACUAUUCCUCCCCUCCCAUAUACAGCUCUACCUGCUUUGGCCACGAUCCAGAUGGUUAUACAGUAUGUCUGGCUCCAGAUAGACAAGUAUUGUGGACCAUAUUUCUGUAAAGGCCAUCUACUAGACUGUAUAUAAUUGUUUGUUUGUUUGUUUUGGGGUUCUUUUGUGAAUUAUGGAAAGAAAAUAAAACUAUAUAAAAAAAAAAUGUGAACUGUUUUUGAUCUGAAAAUACCUAAUAAAGAGAUUAUAUUGACGGUU